UUAUCCCCUACCCCAGCAUGUAUUAUCCAGACCCUUCCCAUUGUAUCCACCUGUCUCAACACAUCACCCGAGGUUCACAUAUAGAGGAGAGGGCACAGUGAUGAUUGAAGAAGAUUUUGAGCUCUUGCAGCCACAACGCCACCUGCUGCACCAGAGAGAAAAUGAGUUGUUCUUGCUCUCUGAGGUAAUGAUAAAAGCGUUCAUGCUGCACUGGCACCUUGGCACUGAGUCCUGCCAAUGAGUCAGCUUCCGAGCAGAGCUGCAGGUCAAUAGUCUCUGAUACUCCAAUGCAGUUAUUUCUCUCCGUACUAAACAGACUGCAUUUUUUUUAGCCUCUGAUUUUUAAUCAGAGGCUAAUUUGUUUCUUAAUGCACCAUGGAGCAGUUUUGUGAUUUAUUUGCUAAAUUGGAUGAAAACAAGGAUGGGUUUAUAACAGUGUCGGAGCUCCACGAUGAAAUCAGGAAACAUGGAAUCCUCUCAGCGUAUGGAAAGGUCCAGAAUAUCAUUGACAACAAAGACAAAAAUGGCAUGUUGGAUAAAGAGUUUCUCAGCUACAUGAUGGACUGAGAGAGGAAAUGGAAAAUGUACUUUCAUGACCUUGAUAAGAACAAAUGUGGAGUCAUUGACCAGGAGGAAAUUAUAUGUUUGUUUAGGGUGUUAGGAGUUGGCAUGUCAAAGCUGAAUGUAAAAAAGUUAUCCACCUGGACGGAUAAGGACAGUUCUAUGAUAGUGGACUGGGGCAUCCUGAACCCUGUGGGCAACAUUGGGGAGCUGGUGUCGUUAUGGAAAUGGUCGUGGGUUUUUAAUGUGGGUGAGAGUUGUGCACUGCCCAUUGAGUUCCCCAAAGAGGCUUCUGGUUUUGGUGCAUGGAGGACAUUCGUUCUUACAGCAAGUAUGGCAGAUGCUGUAUCCCGAACUAUGACGGCCCCCAUCAACCGCCUGGAUUCAUAUGAAACGUUGUGCUCCCAAGGCUCCCAGGAGAUGAAGAGGGCAGGUGGUCUUCAGUCGAUGUGGCAAAGCAACAGCGUCAACGUGCUGAAAGGAAUGCCACGGACAACGCUACAGUGUCUUAUCUACGCCCAGAUGGAAGUUUAUUUUAAUCUCUUUGCUCUUUUUCCUCCACUAAAGGUGCUAAUGUUGAGGUUAAACCUGCAGCAAGCUGCCACCUAUCAUGGUGUUGCGGCAUGUGCCCGAUCUAUUUACAGACAUGAGUUGUUGUCCUCUUUUUUUAAACCUACACAUGCACUAAUGGAGAGAUGUCAGAGCGAGGGGGCUGUCCAUGGAAAGGCGCCCCGAGCAGUUGGGAGUUUGGGGCCUUUUGCAGUUUUCAGCUCAGAUUCACAUCCAGCCUUAGGUGUAUUACAAGGACUUAUAGGGAUAUAUGAAAGAUGUGGAAUCAGAGGAAAUUAUAGUGUAAUGGGGUUUUUCAGGGCUUUUCCAUGUGCUCUGAUAAACUAGACUUUAACUAGAAAAUUUGAAAAUCUGGUUUUCUCAACUGAUACUUGAGAUUUGGCAGAAAGGUUGUUUUCUGUGGAACACAAACAAAACUAAAACUGUUAGCUCUUUUUAGUUUACUUGGCUAAAGAUGUGUGUAAUUCCACCUUCAAUACUUCUGUUCUGUAGCUUUUUCUUAGCUUUUCUUUCUAAUUUCUAUAAUGUAGCUUUUUUAAAUACAGCACACCUUACAGAUGCACGGGUGACUUGAAAUUCAGUACAUUUGACAAAAUUCUAUAAUUUCCUACUUGAGACCAGGCUGUGUAAAUGAGGAUGUGUUGAAGUGUGAGCUGUACAAUAAAAUGUUAUUUCA